AUGGGAUGCGGUGGUGGCAAGCCUUAAAAUAAAAACCCUCAAGCACAUUAGUAGCCUCCUAAUAACAUAUUCGAAGAGCCUACGAUAUCAAAUGAAAACAACACUCCAAACCUAAAGCUUGAAUACAUUCUAAGCUAAAAACCUUUAGAAUAUCUUGAGAAGAAGAGGUAUUAUAAGAUUUGAAAUAGACCAAAUUAUGAUAAUCUAAUAAAUAAGUUAGUUACGGAAAUGAAUAUAUAAAAAAUGGAAUUCUUAUCUUAUAAUCAAUUAUUAGUUGAAAAUUAUAGAAAAAUUAAUAAAGAGCAUAAUCUUGGAAAAGAACUUAUUGAAUCAUCUAUAAAUUUUAUGAACUAAGAGUUAGAAUAAUUCAUAAAAUUGGAAUAAUCCAUGGAUGAGCAAGAUCAGUUACUUUAACAGAAAAGUUUUAAAUUUUUAAUCGAAUUAUAUUUGAUUCUAUAAACAAUGAAAACAGAAAUAUAAUCAGAAUGUUAUUGGUUAGGACACUAUAUGAAUAAAUAUUAUGAUUAAGAUCAUCAGAUAACUGAAUAAAAUGAUAAUCCUAAUGCUUAAAUUUCAAAUUUGAAAUCAAUUGAAUUAUAAUUGAAAUAAGGUAUUCAAAAGGCAAUCUAAAAAAUAUAACAUAGAUAAAGAUAAUAGUAAAAUAAAAUUAUCAUCUUAGGCAACUCAUGAAAAUUAACAAUUCUUAAGAUGAAGUAAUGUCUAAAAUCAAUUAAAACCAAAGUGGAACUCUUGUUCAUUAUGCUAGAUCAUAAAAUUAGAAGUACAAAACUCCAAUAUGAA